GCUCAGACGACGUGCGUGACCGAAUGAGGGCGUCGAGAAGAGAGCCUUACUGCAACUGCAAUGGCACCUAAGAAAUUGUAUGAUUUGUCUAUCACUCUAUACUGCAGUUGUUUUACCCGUUCCGUUCGUUUCUUUGUGUGUUUUGGUUUUCGAGGUCUCCGUCUCGUUGCCACGUCGCAACUACAUCCAUACACAGCUAGACAAUGGCUGAAAGCUGCUGUGACGGGGAUAUCUGCCCGUGCCGUCUGUGAAUCUGUGAAGGAGGAACAGUUGCUUGGCGACGCGGGUCGAAAAACCGGUCAUCGGCUGCGUGACGAGCCGGUCGUGUGCGAAUAAAGCAGCUCCCCCGCUCCUCGCUUGCUGUGUGGAUACGGCAAUAUUAAGUAGACCCCGCUCCGAGCAGCAGUCGCCACGAGGGUCAACAUGUCGUCCAUGGCGGCUACUACAACACUCCUCGCCGGGAAGAUGUCCUCCUCCAUGCAGCGCGGCUCGCUGAUCCAGUGUUCCCGGAUUUGCCGCGGCGGCAUGAUAACGGACGGGCCCUUUCCCGUCGUGAACCGAACCCCCCGAGCAGGCACGGUGAAGCAGGCACCCCCGAGGCCGCCGACGCACGGAAAGCACGUCACGAUAAAAUUGUCCGAGGAGGAGUGGCUGAAACAAACACCCGGGACCGGGUUGUCGCUCCUGUCGCCCUGGAGGCAACCGUAUCGGCAGGUAGAAACUGCUUCUAGAGAAAAUUUGUCAUUUUUGAGGGAACGAAGCUAAAGAUGUGAUGCGUGGCUGUGUAGCAUUGCUGUUCCUGUGGCAUGAGAGUAGUAGGAAGACAACGACCGAUGAGUACAAGAAGCAACAUACGUUACCAGACCCACGGCGAUUACACUCAAUGCACCGUGGGAACGUUCGGCGAGAUGAAGGGGUGCAUGCCGAAGCCACGGCGAUUUUUCCAGUGGCCGCCGCCCCCGAGGUUUAUCGACCAAGCGCGGCUAAUUCUCGUCCAAGACCAGCUUCGCGGAGAGCACGGAGAACUGUCCGCCUCAGCGCUGGCGAACGUCACGAAAUUUUCCGAAGGAGUAGCAGCGAGCAGAAAAGCCGAUAUCACCGUGAAAGAUUUGGAGCUCGGGGUAAGUACUAAAAGUCGUGGUUGUGUUUGUGUUUGUCAGUUCUACUAUGCGUGUGCGUGUGCAGUCCAAGCAUGAAAUGAAUCAUUGGCUGUGUGCAUCAUGUGCUGCCGACAUGAGAAUAGUAGAAGCCAUCUCAAAAAGACAAAACCAUCUACCAUUAUCUAUCAGGGUGCCGGCGGGUACACGGAUGACUACGCACGGAAGCUGUUAGAGUGGCACAAAAAGCCGGACGGAAAAACCAUUCCGAUUCCAACGGACCAGGAUGACAUUCACACGUUUGUCAUGGACGGUUUGCGUGACGAAAUGACCGUGGAGGACGUCGCGUUGCACAGGAUUAGGCAACAGGAGGUAUUUCUGCUCGAACGCGGAUCGACGCAUGCGCCUUGCCUUCCUGCAUGACACUGUGAGCCUUCCUUCAUGACUGUCGUGCAUGAAAUAAUGAUGUAGAAGAGUACUAAAAUCCUAUCAAUUGAUGAAAGUAACUUCAACGCCAUUGAAAUCAAUAGGAAUUCGACCUGAUUAGCGCCAUCAACGUGGGCGGCGUGUUUGUCUUCCUGGGAAUGUGCACCAUGUAAGAUUUUUAUGAUGUUUUCGUUUUUGAAUUUCUUCAAAAAACAGACAUGCAGUUGGAGUAAAGUUGAGCCAGCUCCUACGUACACGCGCAUUUCUUGUUCCAUGAUGAAGUUGAAAAUUUACCUACACGACCGUCCUGCACGGAAGCAAUGAAAAAAUUGAUUUUGAAAAUCGUGUCUCCAGCCUCCUGAUUCCGAUUUGGUGCAUUCCGAUGUGGCGGCCGUUCAUGAGCAGAAUGUGGCACAUCAUCGACGAUGACGACUGGUGCAUCCGACGCUACGGCCGCGGAAAACUCUACGCGUUCUAGUAGAGGAGCAGAGUUUAUUCUUCACGCAGCUCUACUUUCCCCCGAAGACAUCAACUUUUAGUACGUAGAAGACGCCACGGAGACGGACGGGGAAGUUCGCUUGACGACUUUCAAAAGUUGCGUAAAGUCGACAAGUCAACAUCACAAUAUUACUCUGUGAGUAGAAAGACGGCGCGAGGAAACAGAAUUGAUGAUGACAAGAGACGAGAAAGCAUUGAACACCCGGAAGAGAAAAACUCCGCAGAUCAGAGAAUGCACGAAGGACAAGAUGAAAAAACUCACAAUCAAUACAUACCGACGAAGGUGUUGAAAGUUCUUGGAAGCCCAU